AUGUCGCAUUCCUCUUGCACAGACUCUGAAAGAGGAGAGGAUGGAGAGGAGAACCCAGUCCGUAUUCAGAUUAGCUGGAAGUCUCUCUUCAACUUCACAUCUAGGAAGCAUCUACCAAUUCUUAUCACCGGAUCAUUAUUCGCACUCUGCGCCGGAUGUGUCACGCCAGUAUUAGCGGUCCUACUAGGAAACGUAUUUGAGGCCUUCACAACAUUUGGAGCUGGACAGUCUGACGCAGGCACUUUGCAUUCGAAAAUAGCUACCAACUGCCUGGGCAUAGUAGGACUGGGAGCCGCUGGCUGGUUUUUGAAUGGUGCCUACUUCAUGAUAUUCGUUGCAUUUGGAGAGUUCCAAGCUUCAAGUAUUCGGGGUAAGGUUUUUGUGGAGCUUCUGCGGCGAGAUGUGGAGUGGUUUGAAGCACAACGUGAAGGGUCUGGAGCGUUCUUGUCAGGAAUUCAAGCUCAUAUCAAUGAUCUGCAAUUGGCAACUUCCCAGCCUCUGGGCCUUCUUCUACAAUACGGAUGUCGAUCAGUUGCAUCUUUAAUACUCGCCUUGGUUAUCUCGUGGAAACUUUCUCUUGUCACGCUUGCAGGAAUUCCUAUUUUCUCUUCGAUCAUUGCAUACUUGUCUACUAAGAUAAGACCUAGUCUCAUAGCACAACAGGCCGAACUCACUCAUUUGUCCAAAAUUGCAAAUAAUGCCAUCGCUUCCAUUGACACAGUCAAAUGUUUGAAUGGACAGGCUUUCGAGUCAAGAAACUUCGCCAGCCGAAUUGAACAAUCUGCAAUCCACUAUCUCAGACAAGCGAGAUUGAACUCUACACAGAUUGCACUCAUAAGGUGGAUGAUGUUUGGUAUGUUUGUGCAGGGUUUCUGGUAUGGUAGUUACCUUGCUCGCACGGGGAAUUUAUCUUCUGGUGAUGUUAUUACUACAUUCUGGGCGUGUACAACAGCGGCUCAGUCCAUCGAGCAGGUGCUUCCCCAAGUUAUUGUCAUGGAAAAAGGAAAACUUGCUAGUGUCGUUCUCAAGAGAAUGAUGACUGAGCGCGCGAAAGAUGCCAUAGGCAGUGAGGUAAAUGGUAAAGCAUACCCAAGUCUUUGUGUCGGAGAUAUCGAGGUCAACAAUGUAAGUAUUUUCUCAAAAGUGGAAUGCGAUGCGAAGAAAAUUUCUGUUUGCCUGCUCUACUUUCUAACACAUAUGCAGGUAUCGUUUUCCUAUCCAUCGCAACCCGAAACAUGUGUGAUUAACCCGUCAACAUUUUUCUUCCCAGCUGGAGAGACAACGUUUGUCAUAGGAAAAAGUGGCUCAGGGAAGAGCACCCUCAAUCAGUUGCUAAUGAGAUUUUAUCUACCAACCUCUGGAGAUAUCCUGAUCGAUGGACAUGCGAUAAACUCACUAGAUAUCACCUGGAUUCGAAAUAAUGUCACCCUUUUGGAACAAAAGUCUGUUUUGUUCAACGAUUCCGUUCGACAAAACAUUCUUUUUGGACGCAAGGAUCGAGAGUCGGUUCCAAAGAGAGCCAUCGAAGACUCAAUAAAGCUUGCAAUGCUCCAAAACACCAUAGAAGGAUUACCACGAGGUAUUGAUACCUCGGUAGGGCCUGGUGGAAGCUUUCUUAGCGGCGGCCAACGACAAAGAGUAGCAAUUGCUAGGGCGAGGCUUCGCGAUACCCCAAUCCUAAUCCUGGAUGAGCCGACCAGUGCUUUGGACCCUACGAACCGUGUAGCAGUUAUGAACUCAUUACGAAGAUGGCGCAAAGGCAAGACAACAAUUAUUAUCACCCAUGAAAUGUCCCAGAUCCAAGAGGAUGAUUUCGUUUAUAUCCUAGAGCACGGAUCUAUCAAACACUCAGGCUUUAGACACGAACUUGAGAAUCGCGAUGGAUGCCAGAUCUAUCUCCCUCCUUCCGUCAAGAGUGGUGACGAAAAAAGCGACCCGGCCAAUUUUCAAGCCAAUGAAAAUUCGUCAUUUAGUAGAUCAGCCGUUAGCAGCGUGCGAAUACCUAAAAGGGUUCAUCAUCAGCGGAAGUUAUCAUGGGCACAACAUCAUAUUCCCCCGGGGUUUCGUUCGAGCACUUUUGAAAUAGCCACUCGGCGAUAUUCAAUCGAUGGGAACAGUUCCAGAGAAAGUCUUACUCGAGAUGAAAUGGCUUCUCCCACCUUCCAACUAAAAUUUAGUCGCUCAGUUCCAGAUCUCACGUCUCCCUUCUCGUCGGAAGAUAACGAAGAAGCCGAUCAAAGUAUUGAGAUGGUCGAACUAAAUUCUACGGCUACAGAAUGGCACAAUCCGAUGCAUUCUUUAUCCCCUGAGAAACUUCAAAGAAUUAGCCACACUCAAGGGAAGCGUCACCGAGAUCAAAGAAGAAAACCACCGCAAACUGCAACAAAAGCAGGCAAGCCGUUCCCGCUAGCUAGAAUAAUGGGUACCAUAAUACCCAACUUGACACCCAAACAACGAUUGGUCCUUCUCGCUGGAGUUCUAUCAGCGCUGGGUCACGCAAGUGCCACUCCUGUCUUUUCCUACUGCCUAUCACAGUUAAUCGGAACAUUCUAUGCCGGCAAAGAUAGCGCGCGUCUAGCAAGCAAAUGGUCUCUUGCUGUUCUAGGUGUAUCACUUGGAGAUGGGAUCUCGUCAUUCUUCAUGCAUUAUUUUCUCGAAUUCUGCGCCGAGGCCUGGAUGGAUACACUGCGAAUCAAUGCCUUUGAACGCGUUCUAGAUCAGCCAAAAGCCUGGUUUGAAGACGAUGGAAACGGAUCCUUCCGGAUUGCAUCUUAUUUGGAUCAAAACGGAGAAGACAUGCGUAACUUGCUAGGUCGCUUUGCUGGUUUCUUUAUAGUUGCAGCUGCAAUCAUGGUUCUGGCGGUGUUAUGGAGUCUAGUGGUUUGCUGGAAACUGACUUUGGUAGCAUUAUCUUGCGGACCAUUCAUUUAUGCAGUUACGAGAGGAUUUGAAUCGACAAAUGGCCGAUGGGAAAGGAAAUGCAACGAAGCGAACAGAGUAGCAUCGGAUGUUUUCACGGAAACAUUUUCGGAAAUUCGCACGGUGAGAUCACUAACUCUUGAGACCUAUUUCCAUUCCAAGCAGAUUAGCGCUGUCACGGCUUGUCUGAAAGUGGGACUGAAGCGGGCUUUGUAUACUGGCCUUCUGUUUGGAAUGGUGGAAUCCACUGUUAUGUUUGCCAGUGCAUUAAUAUUUUACUUCGGAGCUGUCCUUGCUACCUCGGAAUUUACCGUGGACGACGUGGUGAAGGUGUUCUCGCUGUUGCUUUUUAGUAUUGGCUACGCAGCACAAAUUCUAUCAUGGACCACUCGUCUCCUCCAACUCGCUCACCUUCCCACAUUUGGCUCACACGAACAUCGUGGCUCUAUGAUCGUAUCUGCAUUAACACCUAUCAAGCUUGCAAACAUAUACUUCAGAUAUCCCUCAAGGCCCGAUACGUUAGUUCUGAAAAAUGUAUCGCUGAAGAUUUCUCAAAAUUCCUGCACCGCUAUUGUGGGGCGCUCCGGCUCUGGCAAGUCAACCAUAGCCUCACUACUGUUAGCACUGUAUGAGUCCCCAGAAUCGCGAAGUGCAGAUUCGACAGUUACAAUGGGCGGAGAGGACAUUCAGCAUCUACAUGUCCCCACUCUACGAUCGCAAAUUGCCAUCGUGUCACAGCAACCAACUAUCUUUCCUGGAACUAUCCACGCCAAUAUCAGCUACGGUAUCGAAUCCGAUUCUCCUGUAGCGUCGAUGGAAAGUGUUCGGAAUGCAGCAAAGGCAGCUGGAAUUGACGAGUUUAUCAUGUCUCUCCCACGAGGCUACUGGACUGUAAUCGGUGAUGGCGGGAUCGGUCUUUCUGGGGGCCAAAAACAGCGAGUCGUUAUCGCACGCGCAUUGCUACGUCACCCUCAGAUUCUCAUAUUAGACGAGGCUACCUCUAGUCUAGAUCCAGCAGGCGCCGAGAUAGUUCGUCAAACUGUUCAGAAGCUCGUUCUUGCACGCCAAGAUCUAACGGUUAUCAUUAUCACACAUGCCAGGGAGAUGAUUGAGAUUGCAGACCACGUUAUUGUUCUAGACCAAGGAGUUGUGGUUGAGGACGGGCCACAUAACGCCCUUUCCCAAAGGAUUGGAGGAGAAUUUAUGAGCUGA